AUGCAUUUCAAUUCUUGCCUGCUUGCUUUACUUCUGUUAAAUGUCCUUCUAUUUUCACAAUGUAAUCUCACAGUCCAGGCUGGGGAAUCUAUUUCUGGCUCACCCUCGGAUACAAUUCCUCCACGUGAUGUUUGGAAUAAGUUGAAAGUUGUGUCCAAGAGGAUUCAGGCAUCAUCUCCACCAUCACCUAGGAUUAAUGCUCCUUAUCACUUAAAGAGUCCUCCUCCAUCUCCUCGACGUCCUCCACCACCAUCCCCACCAAGAGCACCACCACGAGCACCACCACCGCCUUCAUCCCCUUGCUCUCCAAUUCCUUUUCCUCCAAUCUCACAAGAAGCUAUAUCUACAAAGCUAGAACAUUGCUCUUGCAACAACCAAGAUCCUGCUCCUAGCAAAGCUACAAAUCUGGGACUGUAUAUAUAUGAGGCAGCUAUUAGAGGUCUUGUCCCAGUUGAUUGUCCAGCGCCAGUAAAAUUUCCAUUACCAAAUCCGAAAGAUCCUUUCUCCUUGAAGCCAGGAUCCAUUUCUGCAUCCAUUCUGGAGUCCGAAGCAUCUGCUAUUGAGAAAUCAUCUAGUCUCAUUGCAGCAAUAGCUGAUACAAGAGCAGCAGCUACACAGUUCUCAAAGGACCAAGAUUUUCCUACAAAUACCAUCCAGAAUAACAAUAGAAUAACUGAUAGUAAUUUAAAGGAAGGAUCUAUAGAGGCAAAUUCAGCCUUAGAGCAAAGCAACUAUUUUGAGGAAGAGGGAAGCAGUAGUCACAGUCGACCUCCUGCACAUCCAAAACAGCAUCCUGGUGCCUCUUCUAAGGCUGCGGAAUCUAUUUCUGGCUCACCCUUGGAUACAAUUCCUCCACGUGAUGUUUGGAAUAAGUUGAAAGUUGUGUCCAAGAGGAUUCGGGCAUCACCUCCACCAUCACCUGUGAUUAAUGCUCCUGUUCACUAUAAACCUCCAUAUCGUCGUCCUCCAACACCAUCCCCACCACGAGCACGAGCACGAGCACGAGCACCACCACCACCUUCAUCGCCGUGCCAACCACCUAUAUGA